AUGUUGCUUCCAGCUACUAACUUCCACCACACCUACACCCCUUCAUCUUCAUUCUUCAACUUCCCCUUCCAUUCCCCCAAUUCAAAAUCCCUAACCCCUUCCAAAUUCAUUGUUCGAUGCUGCGUUUCCAAAUCCCGAACCCUUCCUAAAUCCGCCAUUCAACGAAUUGCCGACAAACUCCACUCCCUCGGCAUCACCACCGAUCAAUCCACAUCCCCCGCCACUUCCACAACUGCCGGUGAAAUCUUCGUUCCGUUACCACACAACCUUCCGAAGCACCGCGUAGGGCAUACACUCGACCUCAGUUGGAGCACGCCGGAGAAUCCAGUUCCGCUUCCUGGAAAAGGAAUUGAGAAAUUGAGCGAGAAUGAGGCGGAGAGACAGCGACUGGAGAGGGCAAAGGCGAGGGAGGCGAAGAGAAGGAGAGUUCCGACGCUUGCGGAGCUGAGUCUGACUGAUGGGGAGAUUUUGAGAUUGACGAAAUUAGGAUUUGAGAUGAAGCAGAAGAUUAAGGUUGGGAAGGCUGGGGUGAAGGAAGGGAUUGUUAACGGAAUUCAUGAACGGUGGAGGCGCUCUGAAGUUGUGAGGAUUGUUUGUGAGGAUCUUUGUAGAACUAACAUGAAAAGGACUCACGAUAUAUUGGAGAGAAAAACUGGAGGACUUGUUGUUUGGAGAUCUGGAAGUAAGAUAAUAUUGUACAGAGGGAUUGAUUAUAAGUAUCCUUACUUCCUAUCAGAUAAAGUUUUGAGAGAUGAUAACAGUGGUGAUGCUUUGCAACAUAUGAAUGGUGAUGAUAAAAAUGGUGAUGAAAGAGAGAGCCAUUUGUCUGAUAUGAAUUCAACCACACAUACUGGGCAAAGUUCAAACAUCAAAACUGUUAAAUCAGCUUUGGUACAAGGAGUUGGGGCUCCGAAUAAAGUUAGAUUUCAAUUGCCACGUGAAGCAGAGCUUUUAGAAGAAGUAGACAGCUUAUUAGAGGGCCUCGGGCCUCGAUUUACUGAUUGGUGGGGGUUUGACCCUGUGCCUGUUGAUGCUGAUCUUCUACCUGCUGUUAUUCCUGGAUUUAGGCGCCCUUUUCGCCUACUUCCAUAUGGUGUGAAGUCUAAUCUAACAGAUGAUGAAUUGACCACAUUGAAGAGACUUGGCAGACCCUUACCAUGCCAUUUUGCAUUAGGUAGGAACAGGAAACAUCAAGGACUGGCUGCUGCAAUUAUCAAGCUCUGGGAAAGGUGCGAGAUUGUCAAGAUUGCAGUAAAAAGAGGUGUGCAGAAUACUAGCAAUAAGAUAAUGGCUGCAGAGCUUAAGUAUCUGACUGGAGGAACUCUCCUGUCUCGAGAUAAAGACGUUAUUGUCAUUUAUAGAGGAAAGGACUUCCUGCCUGCUGCAGUUUCUUCAGCAAUUCGAGAGAGGAGGAAUGUUUUAAUAAAUAAUGUGAAGGCUGAAAACAACUCAUCAGUGACAGCCUCUUCACAUUCUGAAGGAAAUGAUAUGACACUCCUUAAAGAUAAAGAAAUCAUUGAAAAACGAAUAUUGGCGAAGGCUAAUGAAGAUAUUAAAAGGACUACCAUCAAAUUGUCACAGGCAUUAGAGAAGAAAGAAAAAGCUGAAAAACUUCUAGAAAAGCUAGAAAGAAGAGAGAGUCCUCAAGAACAAGAAAUAGAUAAAGAGGGUAUUACUCAAGAAGAGAGAUACAUGUUGCGGAGAAUUGGCUUGAAGAUGGAUCCUUUCUUGUUGCUAGGAAGGCGAGGGGUUUUUGAUGGAACAGUGGAAAAUAUGCAUCUUCAUUGGAAGUAUCGUGAACUUGUGAAGAUAAUAUGUAAGCAUGGAGACCUAGAAUAUGUCCACCAGACAGCUCAGACCUUAGAGGCAGAAAGCGGUGGAAUAUUAGUAGCAGUAGAGAGAGUGAACAAGGGCUUUGCAAUCAUUGUUUAUCGUGGAAAGAAUUAUAGUAGGCCUGAUACUUUGAGGCCGCGGACACUUCUAAAUAAAAAGCAAGCAUUGAAGCGUUCUGUAGAGGCACAGCGCCGUCAGGCAUUGAAGCUUCAUGUUUUGAAGUUAAAUAAGAACAUAGAUGAAUUGAAACUUCAAAUGGUUAAAGAUGAGGCUAGUAACAAGCAGAUAGCUGAAGAGUUAAGAUCUGACUUGGAGCAGCACAUUGAGCUGACUGAUAGUAGCGGAGCACGUCAAGACAAACAUGAAGCUAGUUCAAAUUCCAUAAAUAGCAAUUUUCCAAAAGAAGCUUCUAUUGACAAUCAACAACCUACACAGGAGCAGCACAUUGAGCUGACUGAUAGUAGUGGAGCACGUCAAGACAAACAUGAAGCUAGUUCUAAUUCCACAAAUUAUAAUUCUCCAAAAGAAGCUUCUGUUGACAAUCAACAACUUAUGCAGGAGCAGCAUAUUGAGCUGAUUGAUAGUGGUGUAGCGCGUCAAGACAAACAUGAAGCUAGUUCAAAUUCCACAAAUUGCAAUUCUCCAAAAGAAGUUUCUGUUGACAAUCAACAACCUACACAGGAACUGCAAAUUAGGCUGAUUGAUAGUGGUGGAGCACCCCAAGGUGAACCAGAAUUCAGGGGGCGUUUGGUUCAUCCAAAAAAACAGUUGGAUGAAGUGAGGGAUUCUCUGAUUGAUACUGGGCUCGAGGUCUCUAACAACAAAGCAAUGGAAGCAUUAAUUAAGUCAUCCAAAAGUGAUCCCGAACCAUCAGCUCCAGUGAUAAAUAGAAGUUCAAAUGAGUUUUCUUCUAGAUCUUCAUAUCUUUCCAACAGAGAGAGACUUCUUCUCCGAAAACAGGCCUUAAAGAUGAAAAAUCGACUUGACAUUGCCAUAGGAAAGAGCAAUAUUGUAACUGGUCUCGCAAAAGCAAUCAAGGAUCACUUCAAGAGGAUCCCUUUUGUCAUAGUUAAUGUCAAAGGAAGGGCAAAAGGAACCUCAGUUAAUGAGUUGGUGUCCAAGUUAGAGCAAGCAACAGGUGGAGUUUUAGUCUCUCGGGAGCCUAGCAAAAUCAUACUUUACAGGGGUUGGGGGGCAGGAUCGAAUCCUGGCACUAAUUUAAAUCUAAAAGAUAGUAAAGGAGGAGGAGGAGGAAGAGGAGCAAAGCCGAGUGUGUCUCCUGAACUGUUGGAAGCUAUCAGAAUUGAAUGUGGAUUGCAGUAA